AUGAUACUACUUGCGGAUCUUGCACUUCAGAAAGCGACGCAGUAUCUUCAACAUCUCCAAACACUUGCUCACCUAAAUGUACAGUUGGCUCUAACGGCUGCGCAACUUGUUCAGAUGCUACUACUUGCGGAUCUUGCACUUCAGAAAGCGACGCAGUAUCUUCAACAUCUCCAAACACUUGCUCACCUAAAUGCACAGCUGGCUCAAAUGGCUGCGCAACUUGCACAGAUAGCACUACUUGCGGGUCUUGCACUUCAGAAAGCGAUAUAG